AUGAUGCUUAAAUUGGGGUUUCCAGAGAUUUGGGUUGAUAGGGUCAUGAGUUGUGUCACUACACCCUCCUUUUCUGUCCAAAUAAAUGGGAAAGCUUAUGGGAAUAUCACUCCUUCUAGGGGUAUUCGUCAAGGAGAUCCGCUAUCCCCUUAUCUGUUUUUGUUAUGUGCUGAAGGUUUUACUUCACUUCUUGCUAGAAAAGAGCUUGAAGGACGACUACAUGGGGUGGCUUUAUGUCGAAAUGCGCCGUCUAUCUCUAAUUUGCUCUUUGCUGAUGAUUCUUUGAUUUUUUGUCAAGCUAAUAACGAUGAAGUGCAGGUGGUGUCUGAUACCCUACAGUUGUAUGUUGAAGCCUCGGGCCAAUGUAUAAAUCUUGAGAAGUCCUCUGCUUAUUUCAGUAGUAAUGUGUCUGUGGAGCAGAAAACAUGGAUCAUUGACAAAUUAAAGGUUAAGGAAGUGGCGAGGUUUGAUAAUUAUCUAGGGCUGCCUACUUUGAUAGGACGAAGAAAAUAUGAGACUUUUGCUUUCCUGAAGGAAAGGGUUUGGAGGAAAUUGCAGGGUUGGAAGGGGAAAAUGCUUUCUAAGGCUGGCAAGGAAGUUCUUAUAAAAGCUGUGGCUCAAUCCAUUCCCACGUGUUUUAAAGCCAAAUAUUUUCCGCGGUGUGAUUUUCUUGAUGCUACGGAUUGCCAAAAUAGCUCUUAUGUUUGGAAAAGUUUGUUAGCAGCUCAACCAAUUUUGAAGAAAGGGUGUUAUUGGAGAGUAGGAAAUGGGGCUUCAAUUCGUGUGCUUAAAUAUUGCUGGCUACCAAACCAUCCAACAAAAAAAAUAUUGUUUCCACCAGAGGAGGAAAUUUGGGAAUGGAGAGUAUCUGAUUUAGUUGAUUGGCAGACUCAUCAGUGGGAUAGAGAAAGAAUAAUGGCCUUGUUUCACCAGUUUGAUGCGGAAGCGAUACUUCAAGUUCCUUUAAGUAGGCGGGUUGCUCAGGAUGGGUUGGUUUGGUCUUUUACAAAAAGAGGCAGAUAUACUGUCCGGUCUGGGUAUUUUGUGGCAAAACAAUUAAGGAAGGAUGAGUUAAAUGCUGGGGAGUCUUCAGAGCACAGAGCACUUGGGUUCCUUUGGUCAUGUCUGUGGAAAGCAGCUGUUCCAAGCAAGAUAAAGAUUUUUUCAUGGAGGGCGUGUCUUAAUAUUCUGCCCACACAAGAUAAUCUUAUUCGAAGAAGGGUGAUGGAGAAUGCACGUUGUUGUCUCUGUCAUCAAGAAACUGAAACAGUUCUGCAUGUUCUUUGGACUUGUGGAGCGGCACAAGAUGUUUGGGCUGGGAGCUUGGGUAGACUUCAGAAAUCUGCUUUCCGAGGAGGAAUGGAAUCUGUUCUGGAUUACUUGUUGGUUGAUAUGGCACCAAAGGAAUACGGUUAUUCAUGGAGGGGUUUUCCAACAUGGCAGCCUCCACCAGAAACGUUUUUCAAACUGAACUUCGACGGUGCUUGUUUUGAUGAGGGUGCUGCAUCAGGUUAUGGGGCGGUGAUUAGGAAUGAAAAGGGUGACGUCAUGGUUGCUUUAGCGGCACGAGGAGGAGCUGUGCGUGACAGUGAGGAGGUGGAAGUGAUGGCGUGCCGUAAAGCGCUUGAGUUUGCCAUUGAUGCGGGUUUUACAGAGAUAGUACUGGAAGGCGAUAAUGCUUUGGUUUCAGGUCCAUCUCUUAUAAUUGUAUUAGGCGUAGUGCUAAUGGCUAAUGGUGUUGCUCAUUCUUUGGCUAGGUUUGCUAGAUUACUUGACAAUGAAAUUGUUUGGUUGGAGGAGGAUCCUCCACCUGCUGUGGAUGCGUUGUAUUUGGAUUCUUCUUUUCUAAAUUAA